UCACAGCGCCCAGUGCGCCCCGGGCGCGCCGUAGCCGCGGGGCCCCGACCGGGCGCUACGCUACGGAGGCGGCGCAGGGCGCGAGGCGGGUGAGGCGGGCGGGGCGGCUCCGCCACUCGGCGCGGGAGGCCGGCGGCACAAGUUGCGGCUGGGCCGGCACAGGCGAGCGGGCCGAGCCGCGGGGACGAGGCGGCGCCGCCAGGCCGCGGAGCCGGGCCCUGUCUGCCGCGUGGGCGUCGGCCUCCCUCCAUGCUCCAUCUCGCCCCCUGCCGGCCGCGUGUGACCAGGCCCGGGUCUCGGCGCGGCCGCCACCGCGGGGGCCAUGGGGAGCUCCGCCUCCUCGCUGGCCACCGAGACCGAGUCGGACCACGGCUUCCCCGGGGCGCCGCCAUACCCCGGGCCCCCUGCAGCAGCUGGCUGGUGUAGGAGCGGCCCGGGGGGCCCCGUCUGGGGCGGUGCCCUGGUCACCCGGCAGCACCAGCCCCCGAGGCCCCGGGCCCGAAGCCACACGCACUCACCUGGGUCCAUGGCCACGGUCGGGGAGUGGUCCUGUGCGCGCUGCACCUUCCUGAACCCGGCCGGCCAGCGCCAGUGCUCCAUUUGUGAGGCCCCCCGGCACAAGCCCGACCUCGACCACAUCCUCAGACUCAGCGUGGAGGAGCAGAAAUGGCCCUGCGCCCGCUGCACCUUCCGAAACUUCCUGGGCAAGGAGACUUGCGAGGUGUGUGGCUUUGCCCCAGAGCCCGUGCCUGGCGCCGCCCUGCUGCCCGUCAUCAACGGAGUCCUGGCAGAGCCCAGGGGCGGCUGCAAGGAGGACGCGGGUCCCGUGCGGACGGGGGGGCUGGCGCCUGCAGAGCCGCCUCAGAGGCGGCCCGAUGAGGAGGAGGAGGAGGAGGCUGUGAAGGAGGAGCAGCAAAGGGCGGCGGAGCCCGGGAGUGGCUGGGCCUGCCAGCGCUGCACGCUGCACAACACGCCGGUGGCCAGCUCCUGCUCUGCCUGCGGGGGCCCCCGGAAACUCUCGCUGCCCAGAAUACCCCCCGAGGCCCUGGUGGUCCCUGAGGUCGUUGCCCCUGCUGGCUUCCACGUCAUUCCGGCCCCACCCCAGCCCGGGGAAAGCACCGAGGCUGACCUUCCCCCUGCCACUGACCAGGAGCCGCCCCGGGCGCCAUCCUUCAGCCCCUUCUCGUCCACCCUGCAGAACAACCCUGUGCCUCGCAGCCGCCGCGAGGUGCCCCCGCAGCUGCAGCCACUGGUGCCUGAGGCUUCCCAGCCUUCACCCUCUGCCAGCUCCAAGGGGCCCUCCCAGGGCCCGGGGUGGACUGCAGCCGGGGCGUCCCGCCUGGCGGAGCUGUUGUCGAGCAAGCGACUGGGCAUGCUGGAGGAGGAGGCCGAGGGCAGCCCGGCGCCGCACCGCUGCAGCUCCUGCUCCGCGCCCGGGCCCUCAAGCCCUGCACGCUGUGAGGUCUGCGGUGCCGCGCCGGGCAGCGAUGUCAUCGACCUGGCUGGAGACACUGUGCGCUAUAAGCCAGCCACCCCCUCCAGCCCCGACUUCACCACCUGGUCGUGCGCCAAGUGCACACUCAAGAACCCCACGGCGGCCCCCCGGUGUACGGCCUGCGGCUGCUCCAAGCUACACGGCUUCCAGGAGCACGGUGAGCCCCCAACCCGCUGCCCAGACUGUGGCGUGGACAGGCCUGGGCCCUGCUCAGCCCACAAGGCCAGCUGCCCGUUCCCCGUGGCGCCGCCCGAGCGCCCGAACCAGUGGGCCUGCCCUGCCUGCACUCUGCUCAACGCGCCCCGGGCCAAGCACUGUGCCGCCUGUCACACGCCCCAGCUCCUGGUGGCCCAGCGCCGGGGUGUCACGCCCCUGAGGCGCAGGGAGAGCAUGCACGUGGAGAAGCGGCGGCAGACAGACGAGGGUGAGGCCAAGGCCCUCUGGGAAAACAUCGUGGCCUUCUGCCGGGAGAACAGUGUGAACUUCGUGGACGACAGCUUCCCCCCGGGGCCCGAGUCUGUGGGCUUCCCCGCGGGUGACAGCGUCCAGCAGCGCGUGCGGCAGUGGUUGCGGCCCCACGAGAUCAACUGCUCCGUCUCCAGGGACCACAGCACCUCGUGGUCUGUGUUCCACACUCUCCGGCCCUCAGACAUCCUGCAGGGGCUGCUGGGGAACUGCUGGUUCCUGAGCGCACUGGCUGUGCUGGCCGAGCGGCCUGACCUGGUCGAGCGGGUGAUGGUCACACGCAGCCUGUGCGCUGAGGGCGCGUACCAGGUGCGGCUCUGCAAGGACGGCACAUGGACAACGGUGCUCGUGGACGACAUGCUGCCCUGUGACGAGGCUGGCUUCCUCCUCUUCUCCCAGGCUCAGCGGAAGCAGCUGUGGGUGGCCCUCAUCGAGAAGGCGCUGGCCAAGCUGCACGGCUCCUACUUUGCCCUCCAGGCAGGGCGCGCCAUCGAAGGCCUGGCCACGCUCACCGGUGCCCCCUGUGAGAGCCUGGCGCUGCAGGUCAGCUCCACUAACCCCCGAGAGGAGCCCGUUGACACUGACCUCAUCUGGGCCAAAAUGCUGAGUUCUAAGGAGGCUGGGUUCCUCAUGGGUGCCUCCUGUGGGGGGGGCAACAUGAAGGUGGACGAUGCUGCCUACGAGAGCCUGGGUCUGCGUCCCCGCCAUGCCUACUCUGUCCUGGAUGUCCGCGACGUCCAGGGCUGCAGGCUCCUGCGCCUCCGGAACCCGUGGGGCCGCUUCUCCUGGAAUGGCAGUUGGUCAGAUGAGUGGCCUCACUGGCCGGGGCACCUGCGUGGCGAGCUCAUGCCACACGGCAGCAGCGAGGGCGUCUUCUGGAUGGAGUACAGCGACUUCAUCAGGUACUUCGACUCCGUGGACAUCUGCAAGGUGCACUCGGACUGGCAGGAGGCGCGUGUGCAGGGCUGCUUUCCCAGCUCCGCCAGCGGCCCCGUGGGGGUGACUGCUCUCACGGUGCUGGAGCGCGCGUCCCUGGAGUUCGCGCUCUUCCAGGAGGGCAGCAGGCGCGCGGACUCGGUGGACAGCCACCUCCUGGACCUGUGCGUCCUGGUGUUCCGCGCGUCCUUCGGCAGCGGGGGCCGCCUGAGCCUGGGCCGCCUGCUGGCCCACAGCAAGCGUGCGGUCAAGAAGUUCGUCAACUGCGACGUGAUGCUGGAGCCCGGCGAGUACGCCGUGGUGUGCUGUGCCUUCAACCACUGGAGCCCCGCGGCGCCCGGACCCCCGGCCAGCGCGCAGGCCUCCAGCCCCUCCGCGGGGGCCCCGCGCUGCGCCCCGCAGCCGCCGGGCCACGUGCUGGCCGUGUACAGCUCCAGGCUGGUCAUGGUGGAGCCCGUGGAGGCCCAGCCAACCACGCUGGCCGACGCCAUCAUCCUGCUCACCGAGAGCCGGGGCGAGCGCCACGAGGGCCGCGAGGGCAUGACCUGCUACUACCUGACGCAUGGCUGGGCAGGGCUCAUCGUGGUGGUGGAGAACCGGCACCCCAAGUCCUACCUGCACGUGCAGUGCGACUGCUCCGACAGCUUCAACGUGGUGUCCACCCGGGGCAGCCUGCGCACCCAGGACAGCGUGCCCCCCCUGCACAGGCAGGUCCUGGUGAUCCUGUCCCAGCUGGAGGGCAACGCGGGCUUCUCCAUCACGCACCGCCUGGCGCACCGCAAGGCUGCCCAGGCCUUCCUCAGUGACUGGACAACCUCCAGGGGCACCCACAGCCCCCCGCUCACACCCGAAGUCGCCGGCCUGCACGGCCCCCGGCCUCUGUGACCACCCCACCUUCCCAGCCUCCAUGCGCACUUUAUGAGGGAGACCCCAACAGAGGACGCUUGAACCAGAAUCUCAGGACCCUGCCCAGGGAGCCACUAGCCGCAGUAGCUUCCCCUCGGCCUCGCCCCUGCCCUCCCUCCUGCCCAAGGCUCCCAGCACAAUACCUCGAACCCGCCUGCAGCGGGGCCUGGACACCAGACCCUCUGCCCAGCCGCCUCAAGGCCGGCUUCAACUGCCAGGCUCCGACGAGGCUUCCCAUUCCCCGAGGCAGCCAAGAGCCCUGCUCCUAGAACCAUCGGGGCAGGUGGGAGGCCGCGACCCCAGAGCAAGAGCAGGGGUCCCUCCCUUGUAGGGGUCGGGUUGGGACCCAGGAUGAAGAGCGAUCAUCUUCUCUAUGACAGAUCAGAGGCUGGGACCCCAGGGCAAGCAGGGACCACCCUGUCUGUGGGCCCUGAGACCAGGAGCCGUCUGUCCCCAGCUUGCCCCCAGAGCACAUCGCCUGCCCCUGGCCCCCGCAGGGCAAGCGGGGCCCCUGGACUCCCAGCUGUGCAUCCCAGGAGGAGGGUGCCUGGCAACCGUGGGCUCGGGGCUGGGAUGGGGAAGGGCCCAGUGGCCCCUCUGGCGACACUAUGCAAUUCCUGGAGCCCCUGCCAGGACCCAAGAAGCCAUGUCCCAGGGGCUGCGGGUCAGGGUCCCACCAGACCCAGCCCUGCUGCGUGGAGAGGUGGUGCAUGCAGCGCCGCCUGACCUCUGCCAGGAGGACCAGGGCCGGCAGCCCCUCCAGCUCCUCCCCCACCUCAGACCCCGGAGCGGCCCGUGGCCCCCACCAUCCUCCGCCGCGGCUCCAUCAGGCUGGAGUCCCGCCUCUGCCGGGGACCUCUGAGGCCAGCUUCCUGGGCCCCUGGUCUCGGUGCCCAGCCCCACGGGCCGUGGGAAGCCCCAGGCCCUCCUACACCAGGAGACACUUGGGGCAGCACGGCCCUCCCUGGGGCCUCCUUUAUAGCCCUUCCUUUUACUCUGAGCUGUGAAUAUUUUUAACCCUGUACAUACGGCCAGCUCUUCCGACAGAGACUAUUUUAUCACUUGCAGUCCCCAUCCCUGUAGGAUGGUUCUUCACGGGGGUUUCCACACUCAGGCUCCAAUGGACCAAAUAAAAAUGUUUUGUUUUCUAA